AUGGGGAACUGCAUCUCGUUCAUUAGUUUCCCCAAAUUCAAAUUAAGAAAAAAGAAGUACGAGCAGUCGGAUGUGGGUUUCAACCCAGAGUACGAGCGCACAGCUGAUAGUAAUGCGUACGGCAGGGGUGAAAAGAGCCGAAGAGGGAGGAAGGGCUCUGGGGGACACGCGCAUGUGUACAACUCCAGCCGGGGUAGCGGCGGCGUUAAUGGGGCCCAUAAGAACGGUCCAAAGCAUGUGCGCUGUAGCGAUUCCAGCAAUCCUGGCAAUUCCAGCAAUCGGAGCAAUCCGAGCACCCCGAGCACCCCCAGCGACAGUGACCAACGUGAGAAACAAAUCGACAAGCAACCUGGAGCCAGCGAGCACAUUAGCGACUCCGCCAGUGACCAAUCCGACGUGCUGCUCAUAAACGAGAAAAACAAAAAGAAAGGGAAAAAAAAAGCCAAACAAAAGUGUAAAAGGAGCGGCGAAGUUGACCCAAUGGAGCUGUACAAAAAUGAAGCAGAUAAGGGGGAACCAAAAUCGAAUAUGAACGGCAAAAUACACCUGGACACAUCAAAGGGGAAGAAUAAGAAAGAGGUUCCCCAGAAUGGUUCCCCAAAUGAAGAUAAUGCAAAAGGAAAGGGAGCGUAUAAUCACCAUGUAGACGCACCUUCCAAAAGAAACCCCUCAUUUUAUAGUAACUCAAUUAACAGUAACGAUCUGUACAAAAAAAACAAAAGAGAAAAUUUACUCAACAUAAAAUACAGCAAUAUGAUUUUGAAUGACAUCAGAGAUGUAGACAUCAUCGUCGUUUUCUUGUUCAGCCUGUUCCUCUACUUCAACGCGAACAAUAUAGUGGACAUGCUGGACCCUAAUAAGAAGGAUAGGUACUCCCUGAGAAAUUCAUUAAAUAUAAAUCACGACAUUAUAAAAUUCCCCACGUUUCCCAAAGAAAUUAUAGACAGCUUUUUAAAGAACGAUUUUACACUGCUAAAGAAGUAUAUAAAAAAUAAAUGCAACAAGUUGAAGAAGAAGUAUAAGAGUACCUACCUGAAGAAGGUCAUAGGGAGUGACGGAGAGGGGGAAGCUGAACAGAAUGGGGAAGUGGAGCAGAAGGGUGAGAGGGAUGAGAGGGAUGAGAAGGGUGAGAAGCAUGAGAAGGGUGAGAAGCAUGAGAAAGUUGAGAAGCAGGAGAAGGGUGAGAAGGUUGAGAAGGGUGAGAAGGUUGAGAAGCAUGAGAAAGUUGAGAAGUAUGAGAAGAGGAAAAACUUUAAAUACGAAUUGAAGAAGAAAAAGGAAAAAUGCUCCUUCUCGAAAAUCGUCGAAUCGGUUGAUAGAAACGAAUGGAUCCAUAGAGACAUCACAGAAAUACCAUGUGAUCAGAAUUUGCCUGACCUUAACAUAACCUUCAUCGUCAUGGGGGCGUACUGCCUAUACCAGAAGAGCACCAAGCCAUUUCAAGAUAAAAAUACCUUUUUUUAUAAAUCCCCCUCCUACACAUGUGAUGCUGAAAUAUCUGUUGCGUGUAAGAAAGGAAGAAAAUUAGAUUUCCCCAACCAAGAUGAUUUUACUAUUAUUCAAACGAACGAAUGGAUACUAAUAAUGGUGUUCGACGGACAUGGCCCAUCAGGACAUGACAUCAGUAAUUUUGCUCAUGUAGUCCUCCCCCUUCUCUUCUCAUAUAACAUUGAAAGAAUAUUUGAAAAUCCUGUGCGCACUAUGAAAACGCUAUUCUAUAUGAUCAACUGCUAUUUGGUCAAUUACUCCUACUGCAUAAAUAAUAACAUUAACCCGAUUAACAUCAAUUUCAUCGAUUAUAAUUUAAGUGGAACCACCUGCACCAUCAUCCUGUACAAUUUUGAAACGAAAAAGAUUUAUUCCGCUCACACAGGGGACAGCAGAGCUGUUAUGGGGAAGCAGAAUCAACAGACGAAUGCCUUUAGGGCGUAUAAUAUUACGGAGGAUCAUAAGCCAUCCUUAAAACUGGAGAAAGAUCGAAUUGUUGCUUUUGGAGGGGAAGUGAAAAAGCUGCAGGGAGAUGUCUCCUACCGAGUUUUCGUCAAAAAUGAAAUGUAUCCAGGCUUGGCCAUGAGCAGAGCCAUCGGCGACAUCACGUCCUCCUUCAUCGGGGUUACUUGUGAGCCCACCAUCAACAUUUUCGACAAAUCGGACGAGGAUAAGUUCAUUAUCGUCGCCACGGACGGCAUCUGGGAGUUCAUCAGCAGCGAGGAGUGCGUCCAGAUGGUUUCCCGCAAGCGCAAGAAGAAGGUGCACGUCGCCAUGGAGGAAAUCAUCAAGGAGUCCUGGAGAAGGUGGGAGCGGAUCGACACCGUCGAUGAUAUGACGUUGGUAAUUUUAUACUUCUGAUAUGCCACCCCCCGUGAAAGCUCCUGCGAGGAAGUCCUUUAACCCCCCUUAUGAGUGAUUCCCCACUGGGACAAUUUUUUUUUUUUUUAAAUGCAUAUUUUGAAGUUUCCUUUGUUUCCACCACUUUUUGUUAACUCAUUUGCUGUUUAACAAACUGAGGUAACUGCGCGUGGUUGUAAAUUGUGAAGUCACUAAUUCGAAAUGCUGAGGGGUGAAAGUGGGUUGGGGGUCCCCAGAGGGGAAAAGAGCGCGUCGGUGGGAGCAGCCAAUUGGGUGGGAGCAGCCAAUUGGGUGUGAGCAGCCCACUUGGUGAAAACUCCCAAAUGGGUUAGCGCUCCCAAACCGGUGACCGCUCCCCAAUCGCGCAAACGGGCCAAACGGACGCACAAUAAACAACGCGCCGUGUACAAUAAAAAAAUAGAGGCCGCUGAACGGCACACGUGCGAGAAGCGCAAGUCGAAGGAGGAGUCUCGCCGUCCAGCCUCUCCCAAGUGAGCACUUCAAAAGUGCCAAAAAAAGGUACACCUUUUUAAAUAGCUUAAAAGGGAGAAAUGCAGAAGGGCGCGAAAUUGCGCCUCUGUGGGGGAACUUUUCCUUUUUCCGCGUCACAGCGCCAUCACUGCUCAGUCACUACCGCGUCACCACCGCUUCGCUUCACCGCCGCUCCGCUUCACACAUCGGACACGUCCCUGUGCUUCUUGACUAUGUGGUAGUAGUGCAGCGCGUCGUGCCGCUGCAGGUAGUCCGUCACCUCCACCUCCGUCUUGGCAAUUAUCAUCUUCCAGUUGAGGAAGUUCUUUUUCUUCACAGUGCCGCUCCAAAUUAGGCUGCAAGUGCAGCCCUGGUUUAGGUGAACAUUUGCACCAUCAUUAGGGUAAUCUGCCUGGGCGUCAAAAUUGGAUUUGCUUUUGCUUCGAUCUGCUUUUUCUUUAAGGUUGCCAUUGUUAUGGUCGUGAUCUAUGCCUCUUGCCCCUCCUCCUUCCUCUUCUUCUUCCUCCUCAUCAUCCUCAUCGUCCCCUUCUUCAUCCUCGUUAUACUCAUCUUCAUUCCAUUUGAUUCGCCUAAAAAUUAGCCUCUUGUACCUCUCAAUGGCAAUGUGCUUCCCCUCCACAAUGAUGAAGUUGUAAAGAACAGUCAUAACGCAUACGCCCGUCAAAUGUAGCUGCUGUGCAUUUAUGUCAAUUUUGAAGACGUGUUUUUUAUUGGACAAGUUAGAAAUGUAAAUGACGAGGACUUCAUUCUCUUGAUUUGGAUCGCAUUUCCAUUUUUUCAUUUUCUUUUUGCUUUUUUCUUCCGGAUUUAAUUUUCUCUCUUGGUUUUGUUUAAAAUGUCGUAGUUCUCUUUCUUUCAUUUGUUGCCUCACUUCUAAUUCUAUUCUUGAGGGUUGCGAAACUGCGCUGUCUCCAAGGACCCUCAUCAGAUUGGAUAGUUUCAUCUUCGGUGGAGGUGGGGGCAUUAAUCCGAUUCGAAUUUUGUCUUGUUUCUCUCUUUCCUUUUCUUGUCUUUUUCUCUUCCUCAACUUUU